AUGAUAAGUGAAACGGGCCCAGCACCGAAUCAGGCCGACACUGUCGCAUUCUGGCGCGGCCUGUGGUCAGAGCCCGUAAAUCACAGCGAGGACCCUUGGACGGAAUUUGUGACGACUCAGUGUGCGAGUAUUACGCCCAUGGACUCCGACAUCAUAACGCCCGAUGACGUAGCUGAGGCGGUUCGUAGAGCCCCCGAACUGGAAAAGUCCGGGUCCGACGGGUUGCAUCACUGCUGGCUGAAGGGGUUCAUGGUGUGUCGCGCUGUGCUCGUCCGUCAGUUUUAA